CGCUGCCUGUGUAUAAACAGUUGGCAAGAAACGAAGUCGAAAAACAGAAGUUUUGCUUGAAAUGGCACCGUAAAAAGCCAUUAAAAAACUUCCAUUAUUGUACGACCGAGUCUGAAUACAUAUAUGCAUAUAGAGUAGUAGCAGAUAACAGGCAGAGGGGCUGAAAAGCAGCGAAACACCCGGAACAUAUUGAUACAUAUGGACGUAGACUUCAAGAUAACGAAAGAAGCAUUUCCGAUAAUACAUAAUGGUGGCGGCCAAGUACGAGCGGCUGAAUACCAGUGGUGAGGCGGGUGGCAACGGAAAUGGAAAUGCCAGCGAUGCAGAAGACGAGGAGAUCGAGCUCCAUUUAGCUCAGCAGUCGCAGCUGAGCAAUGGCCAUCGUUUGCGGCAGAGCAACUUCAAGUACGCCAGCGGUACGACCGGAUCCGGCGAGACACCGGGUAGCACCGAAACGGCCACGUUGGCCCAGGAAAGCAUGAUGAUGCAGAUGGCCGUGGGCACACUGGCCAUUAUCCUAUUGUAUCUGGCGCUUUCAAUAUCGCUGACAUUCUACCAAACGCACAUUAACCGGGAGAUGCCCUUUCCGCUGACCAUCGUGACCUAUCACCUGGUUGUGAAGUUCCUUCUGGCGGCCACGGCGCGCAAAAUCUACAGGAUGCGAGUGGGCCGGUCGCGGGUUCAGUUGGAUUGGAGGCUCGCCCUGAGGAAGAUGGCACCAACGGGAGUGGCCAGUGCCAUCGACAUUGGCUUCUCCAACUGGGGCCUGGCUCUGGUACCCAUUUCCCUCUACACCAUGACCAAGUCCUCCACCAUCGUCUUCAUCCUGCUCUUCGCCAUCGCUUUUGGACUGGAAAAGAAGAGCUGGUCUCUGGUCUCGAUUGUGGGCCUCAUAGGCAUUGGCCUUCUGAUGUUCACCUACAAGUCAACGGACUUUAAUGCCCUUGGCUUCUUCUUCAUCCUUUUCGCCUCGUUGAGCAGCGGACUGCGAUGGAGUUUUGCGCAGUUCAUAAUGCAGAAAUCGAAGCUAGGCUUGCACAAUCCCAUCGACAUGAUAUAUUAUAUGCAGCCGUGGAUGAUUGCCUCACUGGUGCCCCUCGUAAUUGGAAUCGAAGGUGCCAACCUCAUCGUGGUGAUAGAAGAUCUGCACAACCACACCUCGAAUGAGAUAACUUGGGCCAUUGCGAGGAUAACAGUGGGAGCAUUGCUCGCUUUUUUCAUGGAGUUCAGCGAGUUCCUAGUGCUGUGCAAGACCUCCAGUCUGACGCUCUCGAUAGCUGGGAUAUUCAAGGAUAUCUGCCAGUUGGCAUUAGCUGUGACCAUCAGGAACGACCACCUGAGUGUUAUCAACACCAUUGGCCUCGCCAUUUGCCUGGCGGGUAUCUUUUGCCAUCUCCUGCACAAGUACUCCAAUAUGAAGGAGAUGCAGAAGCAGCAGGAGUUGUCACUUGAAAACGACCAUGAGGAGUCUUCCCCUGGGGAGUACAAAUUCAACGAGGGCAGUGCCAUUGUGGGUGUCCAUGUGAAAUCGCAUUCCACACUGACGGUGCCAUUGCUGGAGCAAACCGAUUCGGAGGACGAGUCUGGUCCAAGCAACAAACAGAACGCCUCCGAUGUGAUCUUCGACGUGCUGAAGCGACGCGACAUGCAGCGAUGAAAGCCAAUCCUUGUACAGAUGUCCUGUUGAUGUAAAUGUUGUAAAUUCAAGCUACUUUUAUGUUUACCAGCA